ACUCGCCUUCACAAGCACUAAUGGAGUAUUGUUAUAUGGAAGUUUUGCGUUCCGAUAACACUACCAGUACGAGAAAACGAUUUCCCCAUGAAGAUGCAGCCCCGAUUAAGGACGAGUCUAUGUCACCUCACUUGAACUUUUGCAAACACGUGCGAAUUAUAGCCGACGCUCUCUCCUCGCCAAGGCCAAGGGACCAUCCAGUUUCGGGCAAUGGGUCCUGGAUUUAUUCUAGACGGAUGCCAGGGAAUCCAUGCAAUGCCCUGUUUCUAGUUAGGAAGAGGAGGGUUCGUGUGCUUUGCAGUUAAGUCGCUUGAGAGCCUGAUAUGUCACAUCGAUCAUUCAUUGAGCACGAGCGGAGUGAAGCCUUCCAGACCUCAUCACCCUUGACAGUGUUAUAACCCGACUCUUGGGCCCCCUGCUACCAAGAUCUUCAACAUACUCGGAUUCUGGGGAAUAGGAUAUAUAUGAAUGAUCGCCUGCAACGUCGGCGACGAUCUCUACUGCUUGGGUCGACUCAUCUCGUGGCUCUAUCCUGACUUUAUCUGGACGGUGCUGCACAGAUGGUUUAAUGGUCAGUUACCAUGUCAGAACCAAUCCAGACCCCUCCAAUGGCGACAAACCCUAAUCCCACGAGCUGGCUCCAAAACCUGGGUAUCGCCAUAGAAGUGAUAUGUCCGGUGCUUGCGUUGAUAGUUGUUGGCUUGAGGACUUAUAUCAGAAUCGACACGAAGAGCUUUGGAUGGGACGAUGGCCUCAUCGUUGCUUCAAUGGUCUUUAGCAUUGCUUUGGCGGUAGGAUCUAUCAAAGUUAUGAAGGAGUUGUACAUAGGGAUUCAUUUCUACGAUGUACCGCUACCCUUUGAUCCCACCGAAGGACUGAUUUGGAUAUACGUCGUCGGCGCCGUUUACCAACCCAUCUUAACACUGGUUAAACAGUCUGUCCUCGUAUUUCUGCUUCGUUUCUCAGGUAUUAAGGCAGGUGUCCGAUAUGUCGUCUGGGCCACCAUCAUCUUCAACACGGCCUUGAUGCUCGCCAUUCUCCUAACCGUCAUAUUCCAAUGCACUCCUAUCGAGCUCAACUGGCAUCCAUUGGUACCUGGAAAAUGCAUUCAACAGUUCACUUUCGGUGUGGUCGCUGCAUGCAUGACUAUUGCUACUGAUGUAGUCUCGGUUGCUCUUCCAUUUUACAUCUUCCUAGGCCUGAAGAUAAAUAAAAAUAGGAAGAUCGCCUUAAUUGGAGUUUUCAUGCUAGGCGUACUCGUUACCGUUGUCAGCGUCAUUCGUCUCUACUUCCUCGCUCAAAACUUCCAUGAUCAGAGCCCAGAUAAGAACUUCUCUCUCGGCUUCUGUGUCUCUUCUAUCGAGUGCAACUUGGCUAUCCUGACUGCAUCAGCGCCCGCACUUUGGCCACUUAUUCGUCGUUGGGUACCGCACCUUAAGUCAACCGGCGAUCGCUCCUAUUACGGUCAUCACAAGUAUGGCGGUUCUUCGCAUGCGCAGCAGGGCUAUAUCAGAACUACCGAUAGAUCAGACAACAACAACAACAUUGGCUUGAAGGACAUGGACAGCCAGCGAACUCGCACCGAAGUCCGGUCCGCGCGAGAUUCGGACGAGGAAAUUCUUACAGGAACGGGAAUUAUGCGCACUACACAGUUUACUGUCUCAACUGAGGACGAAUAUCCACGAAAAGGGCCAAGAGCUGACUAUGAAGACCAAACGACGCGUUCGAACGUCUCCAGCAAUUUUUCCUUGUGAGUUAUUAUGUAUGAUGGCAGCUGAAGCGAAGGAAUGGUGUCAUAGGAGCAAGGGGGCCAACACAUUUCCUUUAAACCACCGUCAAAUUCUACUAGUUCAUAGUGUAUAUUUACUUUGACGACAAAGAAAAAAAAUAUUAACACAAACCUGGAUGCAUUCCUAACGUUGAGUACCUCGAAAUAUUCCAAUGUGG